AAGAAGAAAAUGAAUGAUGUAUUACUGUCUACCACUUUAGGACAGUCCUUGGGCUAAGCAAAGAGUGUGUUGUAAAAAAGCUCUCCCUUUCCGUUUCCCGAUUUAUCUUUAGGGUUUACUUUCUCCUCCUCUUUCUUCUUCCCAACAUUCAGUAUAUACAAAAUUCACUGGAUCUCUAUUUUUACUUGCAACAUAUCUGUGAGUUCUUUAAUCAACUUCAUACUCUCUCUCUCUCCCUCUCUAUAUAUAUAUCACUCUUCUUUUUUGUUGUAUCAGUAGUUGUUGAUUUUUUUGUUUUAGUUGGUAAUUGUUAGUUGGGGUUGUAGUUUUUUGCCUAUUUUCCUGAUCAAAGACGUGAAGAAGUGCAAAAGAACGCUUCUUUGGUGAAGAAAAGUGAUCCAAGUUCACUUUUAUAAAAACCCAAGAUUGGCUUUUUAUUCAAGUUUUUUCUGUACAUUGCAUAAAGAUACAUUCUUUUGUGUUAAAAUUGUUUGAUAUUUGAGAUUUAUCUGUGGGUUCAUUAGUGGGGUUUUGUGUGUUUUUGGUUGAUUGUAUAAUGACCCAGAUGGAUAAAGGCACUGAACAUUUGAUAUCUGCAAGAAAAUCUUUGAGGGUUAAUUUUGAGAAGUCAAAAGCCUUAGGUUUAUCUAUUGAAAAAGCUGGGCCUAGAUUUGAUGAGAUUAUUCAGAGAUUGCCAUCUUUGGAGGCUGCAAUUAGGCCAAUUAGGGCUCAGAAAGAUGCCCUUGGUGCUGUGGGUGGCCAUAUUAACCGUGCCGUGGUUCCUGCCACCGCAGUUCUUAAAGUGUUUGAUGCCAUUCAUGGACUCGAGAAGUCCUUGUCCGAUCCUCAAUCAGACCUCCCGGGAUACCUUGGUGUGCUCAAGAGACUUGAAGAAGCAUUAAGAUUUUUAGGGGAGAAUUGCGAGAUGGCAAUUCAGUGGUUGGCUGAUAUUGUGGAGUAUUUAGAAGACCAUGCUGUUGCUGAUGGAAGGUUUACUUCAUGUAUGAAGGAAGCAUUGACUUCUCUAAGGGAAUUGCACGGUGGGGAGGAAAAGGGUCGGCUUGAUGGAGGGCUUCUUGAGGUUGCGUUGGAUAGAUUGGAAAGCGAAUUUAGGCGGCUCUUGGUUGAAAAUACUAUUCCGUUGCCAAUGUCUGCUCCAGCUUUACCUGGUGAACAAGCCUGCAUUGCGCCCUCCCCUUUGCCAGUGACUGUUAUCCAGAAGCUACAGGCUAUAAUCGGAAGAUUGAUUGCUAAUAACAGGCUUGAAAAGUGCAUAUCGAUUUAUGUUGAGGUGAGGAGUUCUAAUGUCCGCGCAAGUUUGCAGGCACUUAAUUUGGAUUAUCUAGAGAUCUCGGUCUCCGAGUUCAAUGAUGUGCAGAGCAUAGAGGGUCACAUUGCUCAGUGGGGUAAGCAUUUAGAAUUUGCUGUAAAGCAUCUAUUUGAAGCUGAGUAUAAACUUUGUAAUGAUGUUUUUGAGAGAAUAGGAUUGGAUGUGUGGAUGAGCUGUUUUGCUAAGAUAGCUGCCCAAGCAGGCAUUCUUGCAUUCCUUCAAUUUGGAAAAACUGUUGCAGAGAGUAAAAAGGAUCCUAUCAAGCUUUUGAAGCUGUUGGACAUAUUUGCAUCUUUAAACAAGUUAAGAUUGGAUUUCAAUCGGCUCUUUGGUGGAGCUGCGUGUGUGGAAAUACAAAAUUUGACUAGGGAUUUAAUCAAGAGUGUGAUUGAAGGGGCUAGUGAGAUCUUUUGGGAACUUCUAGUUCAAGUUGAGUUGCAAAGGCAAAUGCCGCCUCCUCCUGAUGGCAGUGUUCCAAAACUUAUCAUUUUUAUCACUGAUUAUUGCAAUAAGCUGCUUGGGGAUGAUUAUAAGUCGAUCCUCACCCAAGUUCUGAUUAUUGAAAGAAGUUGGAAGCACGAAAAGUUUCAAGAGCGGCUCCUCAUUAAUGAGCUGCUGAAUAUAAUGAGAUCUGUUGACAUUAAUUUAGAGACAUGGUCGAAGGCCUAUGAAGAUGUUACUUUGUCAUAUGUGUUCUUGAUGAAUAAUCAUUGGCAUCUAUAUAAGCAUCUGAAAGGAACAAAGCUAGGAGGUCUGCUGGGAGAUUCGCGGUUAAGAGAACAUGAACAGUACAAGGAGUACUAUUCUGCUUUCUUCUUGAAAGAGAGCUGGGGAAAGCUUCCUGCUUUAUUAAGCAGGGAAGGUCUUAUUCUGUUUUCUGGUGGGCGUGCGACUGCUCGUGAUCUUGUCAAGAAACGAUUAAAAGCUUUUAAUGAAGCAUUUGAUGAAAUGUAUAAGAAGCAGUCCAAUUGGGUAAUGCUUGACAAAGACCUACGGGAUAAGACAUGCCAGCUAAUCAUUCAGGCGAUUGUGCCUGUUUACCGGAGUUACAUGCAGAACUAUGGGCCAUUGGUUGAACAAGAAGGAAGUACCAAAUAUGUGAAAUAUACGGCUCAGUCUUUGGAAAAAAUGCUGAGCUCUCUUUUUCAUCCAAAACCUGUGAAACAUGGCAGUUUCAAAGUCCGACAUCCUAGUGGAAAAUUCAGCAAUGGUAUUUCAGAUCAGAAUCAGACUUCUCCAACUGUUAAAUAAUUGUUAGAUUGUUAUAGUUAAGGCAACAGUUAAACUUGACAGGUCUCCGGUGUUAUCCCUCCGUGUUCUAGACGGCCAUCAGUCACUUUGUGUAUAGUAAGUUUCUGAAGGAUUCAUGUUUUAGACAGCUCGGAUUUACAAGCAUAAAGAAGCUUUUUGUUGAACCUUUCCUCUAGGCAGUAUUUUGGCCAUUCAACUAUUGAGCACAUCUUCUCAGUGCAAAGGUUUCAACUAAAUGCUUUUACCUGAACUGGUGUGGACACACCGGGAUGCAUCUAUCCUCAACUAGACUCCUGAAGUUAGAUCGACUGAGGACUUUUCGGGUAAACCUAUCCAAUUGUCCUGCAUACUUGCUGAUUAAUUCAGCGACGAAGUAAGAAGCAGUACCAUCCCCUGAUUUAUUGCAGCUGUCUUGUACAAUAUAGGUAAAAUGCAUUCAGAGUUUUAGCAAUCUUUAAAUGUUUCUUUAUAUAUCUCUACAUAAAUAUGCUAAUGACAAUCAUGGGACCUUCAGAGCAACAUGUUUUUUUUUUCUGUUGGAUGGAAAUGUUAUUUGUAGUAGAGCACUUGAUCCUUAUUGGAAAGAUGUUAAUCAAUAAAGAUAACAUGCUGUCUUAUUACUAGCAA